UGCGACCGUGCCCGUAGCUGCGCUGGUGUGCGUGUGCGAGGCCGCCCUGCCGUGUGUAUACGCUACCGGUGCGUGUGUGUGUGCGUGUCUCCGCUGCCUCUUUCAAGCCCAGUCAUCGUCGCCAUCGAGUGCGCGCAGCCAUCUUGAUAAUCUCUUGCGAGUCGUUCACCAGAGUGGCAGCAGUGUGUGGUGUGUGGUUGCGCACGUGACCUUUUAACUGAAGUGUGUACCUCCUACCCCUCCGGGUGCGUGUGUGUGUCUGUGUUUGUGGUGUGAAAACCCACAGCGAGAGAGAGAGAGAAGGAGCACGAGAGACACUAAGUACCAACCAUUAGAUUUGCCUACAAUACCCCCUCCGCACUACGGUGUGUGUGUGUGCGCGCGCUUGUGUGGUGUGUGGACAAUAUCUGUUUUCGUAAUUCAGCAUUCGUCUCAAUCUCUGUGCAAAAACACAUCCACCAUCAUCAUCACCACCACCGUCCCGUCCGGAAGCACGCGGAAGCAGCAGCCACCAGCGUUUCCGGUGCGAACGAAGUAGGCGCGUGUGCGUUGUGUGUGUGUGCGAGUGCGCUACCCCCGUGUUGCGUGUCGUGUGCGCGGUGUGGGCCACCGCUGCUCGAAGGACGUAUCGAAGGCGCCGCGGUUUGCAAGAUCAACUAAUUCUUAUCGAUCAGUCGAAGGAAGAGCAUAGAGGGAGAGAGAGAGUGCACUUGCGUGCUUGUGUGGGGUGAUCACCAAUCAAACACACCUAACAUAGUCCUCGCGACCCCUGCGGCUGAUCGUCAAUCAAACAACACCCAGUACACAACAGCCGGUUCUCGCUCAAUAUCGUCGUUUUUGCGCAACGAUCGACCAACCCUUUGCGCUUGGUUGCUGCAGACGGUGCGGAGUGUGCGGAGAAAGAGCGAGUGAGCGAGAGAGAGAGAGAGAGAGAACGAGCGUGCCCUCCGGUGGAAGACGUGCACGUAUCAUCCCCCCCCACCCUCCCCAGCAGAGCCGAUAAGAAAGAUCGAGGAUGGCAUUAAAAAGAAUUAAUAAGGAAUUACAAGACUUGGGGAGAGACCCACCAGCACAAUGUUCAGCCGGUCCAGUCGGCGAUGACUUGUUCCACUGGCAGGCAACAAUUAUGGGCCCGCCAGACAGUCCGUACCAGGGAGGCGUAUUCUUCUUAACAAUACAUUUCCCAACAGACUAUCCAUUCAAACCACCGAAAGUGGCUUUUACGACACGCAUAUAUCAUCCAAACAUCAACAGCAACGGGUCGAUCUGUCUGGAUAUCUUAAGAUCUCAAUGGUCUCCCGCCCUGACAAUAUCAAAGGUGUUGCUGUCCAUCUGCUCUCUGUUGUGUGAUCCCAACCCCGACGACCCGCUGGUGCCGGAGAUUGCCAGAAUAUAUAAAACCGACCGGGAAAAAUAUAAUGAACUUGCCCGGGAGUGGACACGAAAGUAUGCUAUGUGAUGCGUUCCAGACGAGACAUUGCUACGUAAACCCUACACCUACACGUACGACAACAACAACAACAGCCGCCGCCGCAGCAGCAGCAACAACAACAGCAGCAGCAGCAGCAGCAAGUGCAGCAGCAGCGACCGCGCGCACCAGUUUACCAUCCACUACAAGCGCCGCAACAGCAGCAACAACAACAACAACA